AUGCUUUUCCUCCCAGCUGCUGCUCUGUGCUGUCUGUGUUCAGCGCUGGUUGCCAUGGCAGCACAGCUGAUUCAGGACGAUUUAACAUUGACCAGGAGAGUUGAUGGAAAUGUCUCCUUCAGCUGUCGAGGAACUGGCCAGUGUGGCUACUAUGUAUACUGGUACCAGAAGAAAGACACAGAAACAUUCACAAGGAUUCUUCGUAUUAACAAGAACAGUUGUAACAUAGAUUACAGGUUCGAUCAUCCUCAGAAAAAUGAUUUCUCACUUGUGAAUAAUCAGAACGGCUGUGAGUUGAAGAUCCAGACAGUUAAACUCCUUCAUUCAGCCACCUACUACUGCUCCUGUGAGAAAGCAGCUUACUACAUCUUUGGGUCUGGAACUAAACUGGUUGUAACAGAUGAGCAGGUAGUGAAGCCCGUGGUGAGCGUGUACCCAGCAGCAUCCAGAGCCCACCUGGAGGGGAGGAGCUCCCUGCUGUGUGUGGCCUCAGCCAUGUUUCCUCCUCUGGUCCGCUUCUCCUGGAAAAGACGAAGGCAAGAUCAGGUGGAGCAGCUCCCUGCUGAGGGAGAGCAGCUGGAGCUCAGAGAGUCAGGACGCAAUGUCGCCAUCUUGCUGGUUAACAGGGACGAUCGCCAUACGUAUAAAUACCGCUGCUCCGUCCAGCACGAGGGGGGCACAGUGGAGGCCCCAACAGAACAAGGUAAUGAAGGCUUGGUGACUGUGUUCAGCAGUGAUCCAGCUUCAUGUGGAGACGCUGUCAAAGAGAGCAGAGGAGCAGUUCCAGCUCUUGGACCAUGUCAGCACCAGGUGAAGCUGCUCUGUGUGCUCUACACAGUGCUGAUAGUGAAGAGUCUGGUGUACUGCUGUGGACUCUCUCUGCUGAGGAUCCUCUGAAACAAGAGACCGUCCACCAGCUGCUCACAUGCUGACUGACUGUUUCCUGCUCGCCUUUUCUCACCAUCAGAUCUCAUCAGUUCAUCUCAUUAGCCCUUCUUAGAUAGGAAAGACGGCACAUUUGCUCCAAGGUCAGGGCGGCAAUGUGUCGGCCUGUCUUUCUAAAACCGAGGCGUAAUAUUCCUCCUUUUCCAAAAGCCGCCUCUGAGGAAGGCAUAAACUUGUGACGUGACGUGAAGCUCAAGUUGGGCUGUGAACAGUGACCUAGAAUUUGUCUUCAAAAUAAGAGCUUUACAUUGCACCCCAUAUGAGUUUAGAUCUGGGUUAUUAGCUGGGAGGCUUUUAAUUUGAAAGUAGCGACCAUCCUUAGCUUGCCGACAGCUGUGAUCUGCUGUGUUUUGGUUUUAAUACUCCCAGGCUGUGGGUCGCACAACAGUGCUGGUCAUUUACACCUCCACCCAUUUCACGCAGAUGCCGGCAUAUUUCCACCUCGUUUUUAGAUAGCAAGGAGGCAGAAAUAAGUGUACCCUCAGAGGCGGACCAAAACAGACCCCCAAUUUGCCGCCCUCUGUCUAAAACCGCGGACCGAGCUGCCAGAAGGACGACAAAUUGGCGGCUUGGUGCUCUGUCUAAAAACGGCCAGUGAUCACUUUGAUCAGCAGUCACAAAUGUCAAUGUUCAUGUUUUGUGGUUGGUUGUAAAAUGAAUCUUUUGAUGCACAGGUUAGAUUCAGUCAUCCUACAUAUAUAAAUACAUAUAUACACAUAUAUAUCUGCAGUGACUGAGUAUAAAUUCUGUGGUAUAGUGUUAUUUUCAUCCUCUAGUUUAUUUCCACUUUGAAUUGUGACUUGUGUAAUAACAGAACAUGAAGCUGAAUCAUUAGCUGUCUGCUAGAUAUUUGAUUGUUUUAGUAUUUUUCUCUUCUUGUCUUUCUUUUUAAUACAUUAUGCAGAGU